AUGGGCCGAUGCCGACAAGGGUGUGGAGCCCGUCUCCUCACCCCGCUGCGCCCCCAGCCCCGCGGACUCCCCUGGGAGAAGGGGGGAGCCCCCCGCAGCACCCGCACCGCGCCCCCCUCACGCCCUCAGCCCCGUGCCCUCAACCCCGACCCGGUUCUCACCUCCCCGUUCGCCGCCGGGCGCUUCAACCCUUACCCGCCCCUCCCUCCCGCCACCUGCCAACACCGCGGCCUCCCAUUGGGCGGCGGUGCCCGGAGCCGCGCUGCCAUUGGCGCAGAGCGCAGCGCGGGGCCCUCCCACAGUGCCCGGCCGGUGCCGCCGCCGCUGCCCGCACCCGACAUGGCGGCGGCCGGCGGGGCGCGGGGCCGCACCAGCUUCCAGCGCCGGGCCGGGGCCGGAGCCCGCCCGGCCGGCCUGCCGGGCACCCGGCCCGCGCUGCGGCACGGGCAGCUGCUGCUCUCCAGCGGGCUGCCCUCCCUCGACUGUGUGCUAGGUGGAGGUGUAGCUGUUGGAACCCUUCUUCUUAUUGAGGAAGAUAAAUACGGUCUCUACUCCAACUUGUUGUUCAAGUAUUUUCUUGCAGAGGGAAUUGUCUGUGGGCAUGACCUGUUUGUUGCUUCUGCUAAGGAGCAUCCUGACAACAUCUUGAAGGAACUUCCAGCCCCUCUGCUUGAUGAUACCUCUGGAGAGGAACUGGGAGAUGAAGCAGCAACCCUCAAGUCUGAGGAUUCUCAGGAUUCUAUGAAAAUAGCCUGGCGCUACCAAAAUUUACCAAAAAUGGAGGCCAGCCCGGCAUCAUAUACAAAAUUUGGCCAUUAUUAUGACGUUUCCAAGAAAAUGCCUCCAGAACUGAUGCAGUCCGUAAAAUCCCACAGCUUUUACCUUCACGAAGAACUGUCUUCACAGCCUGAAAUGAAAACAUGUAACAUGAAUGGUGCUUAUGCCAGGCUGCUUCAGUCCCUUCAGAGGACCAUUUCCCAGGGAGGGUUUGAUGGCUCUGAUCCCCAGAAAAAACAAAAGAAUGUUUUGCGGAUAGGAAUUCAGGGCCUGGGUUCCCCGCUGUGGGGUGAUGACGUUUGUUGCAGUGACGCUCCUGAAGAUGUUCACAGCCUUACAAAAUUCCUGUACGUUCUCCGUGGCCUCCUCAGGAAAUCUUUGUCAGCCUGCAUCGUCACAGUUCCGGCUCACCUCAUCCAGAAUAAAGCAAUUAUGGAACGUGUAACAAACUUGUCAGAUCUGGUGGUUGGUCUUGAAUCAUUUAUUGGCUCUGAGAGAGAAACCAAUCCAUUGUACAAGGAUUACCACGGUUUGGUUCAUGUGCAUCAGAUUCCUCGGCUUAAUAGCUUGAUCUGUGAUGUGUCAGACACGAAGGACCUUGCUUUUAGAUUAAAAAGGAAGCUGUUCACCAUUGAGCGGCUGCAUUUGCCUCCAGACUUGUCAGACAGAGUGAGCCGCGCGAGCAAACAGGAUCUGGCAGGAUCCGCCAAACUGCUGAGCUCAGGAUGUGGUGCCAUGGCCAUCGGCAAGAAGCACCUGGACUUCUAGUGAUUUCUGCUUAGCAGUUCCACUCAGAUUUAUAUGACACUCUAAUUAUGAGUGUUAAUGACUUAUAUAAAUAUUUUUCUUAAUGAUUUGACCCAGCAGUCUUUAAAAAUACAUGUUGUCGUAUGAUGCCUUCUUUUUUUUUUU